AUGGCUCACUAUCUGGAAGUCUUCGGCCACGACAGAGAACCUUUACAUCUUGCACGGAAUGUAGACGGCGAAAACAAAAGUGCAAUCAAGCCAAAGAUCGGCCAUGCUCCAAUUGUGCGAGGAGGUAUCCGCCGCCGCCCAACCCCACCUCCACCUGACCAUGAUAUGAAGUUCGAAGGCAACGAUAGAAAUAGUCAUCGGACGAACCAGAUGAAUCGGGCAAGUGAGCCUUCAGAUUUUGCUUCUCAGCAUUAUUACGACGACCAUACUACAACGACAGGAACAGAGAGCCAGAGUAUGUACAUUACGGCUCAAGGCUAUCACUCCGCCACUUCAACCUCAAGACACAACGAUAGAUACUAUUCAGGCAAUUCCAACAGCUAUCAGACCACGACAGGAAACUCGGGAUCGGACUUUUAUCCAGUCACUUCUGGAUAUUACCAAAACGAUCAUAUAGGAUACAGCACGGCCGAUGGCUCUCAUGACUAUAGUUAUGUAGCAGCUGCAGACGAUCAGCAAUGGCUAUCGAGUGGGGAUCCAGACGUGUUCGUCGGAACAGGAACUGCAGAAUAUUUUUACGUUGACGAGACCGAGCCAGCAAGGUCCACCAGCACGCGACAUUAA